CCGGAAGCUCUGUAUUACACCGGAAAUGGUUAUUUGAGCUGUGAUGUUUAUAUCGUCAACGGUUAAACUUUGUCUCUACUAUUAUUACAAAUAACGCUGUUUAAGUGUUGGACAAACUUGACCAAUAAAGUUUGGCUCCUUCUUCAAGCAUCCAGAAAUGAUUAUCCCGGUGAGGUGUUUCACUUGUGGGAAGAUCGUGGGGAACAAAUGGGAAGCCUACCUUGGUCUUCUUCAGGCCGAAUACACUGAAGGUGAUGCUCUUGAUGCCCUGGGCCUGAAGAGGUACUGCUGUCGGAGGAUGCUGCUUUCCCAUGUGGAUCUUAUUGAGAAAUUGUUAAAUUAUGCACCGCUGGAAAAAUUUUAGCUGGAAGAACAUGCUUUGAACAUGGCCUGUGCAUAUAUUCAGUGUUUAAGAAAUGUCAACAAUAAUGACUUGGUGUAUUGUGCACAUAUGUGGCAAUGAAAAUUUUAUUUAAAUAAAGUUUUUUCUUUAAAGUAUUCGA